AGCGUUUAAGCCUCUAAAUUUCAAAAUCUGUUCCGUGAAAACAUUCAGUCACUAUUUGAAUAAUAAUCGGGGACUUUCCUUUGAAAUGAUGUAACUAGUUUCAGUUUCAGUUUCACAUGCUUAAAAGAAAAGUAGUUGAGUCGACACAAACCUCUGAGGGGCGGUCGUGAAGUGAACGACUUUGGUUACAAUCCGUUAUUAGUGAGCCAAGAAAGGUACGAUCAAAGAUUGCCUGUGGCUCAAUUUUACCCUACAUUUGCUGGGGUUAAGUUGCCGUGGGAAAUUUUGGGUACUUUAAAUAUUGAUUAUUUCCUCCUUCAACCUCCUCCACAUCAGAAUGCGGCCGAAGAUCAUACAAAUAUUUGUAAGCGGUUUACAAGGACGAACAACCACCAUUAACAUUGAAGAGGAUGCUACGAUUGCGAGAUUAUAUGGGUUGUUGAAUGAAGAGAAUGGUAUACCAGUGGAUGAACAACGCUUGAUAUUCGGUGGAAAGGAAAUCAGGAUCACAGAUGAAAGCAAUGAGCAGACGCGCCUGUCAACAUACGGAAUAGAAAAAAGCUCCACUUUGUUUCUUGUCUUACGUUUGCGUGGCGGGUCUGAGAAAGUGUUGGAUGAUGACGUGGAACUCAGUGAUGCCCCAGAUAUGAUCACAUGGGAUGAUGAUCCGGAAAACAAAAGAGCCAAGAUGCCUUGCGGGCACGCUAUUACUCCAGAAUCUCUGACCAUUUACUGUCGCAGCCUCCUUGAUGCAGGUAGAUCGCGAUUUCUGUGUCCUUACAUCAGCCAGGAUACUUCCCCGGUCUACUGUGGGAAAGAAUGGGACUAUGUAGUUGUUCGACGCUUGGCUGUUUUGACAGAUGCAGAGAAAAUGGAGUUUGAGAAGAAGAUCUCUAAGAAUUAUAUGUUCAAGGCCAUGGGUAUUCAAGAAUGUCCCAGCUGUAAAUCCUUCGUGGAUCGAGUCAACAAAAAAGAUGUACGAUUGACUUGCACUUUUUGCCGAAAUAAACUACAUAAAGUUUUCCAGUUCUGCUGGCACUGCUUGCAGGAGUGGGUCGACAGUUCCAGUACAACAAAGUGUGGAAAUGCAGAUUGUGGUGGAGAAGACAAACGUCCGAAGAUUCUACGUGAGUGCUCCAAGAAGGAAAUUGUUGGAGUGACAGGAUGCCCCGCCCUCCGUGCAUGCAUUUCAUGCGGUAUGCUGAUUGAACACGUGCAGGCCUGUAAGCACAUGACCUGUCGAUGCGGCAAAGAAUUUUGUUUCAUCUGCUUGAAGCCCAAAGAGAUCAGUGGGUGGAAGUGUGGGAGUUACAACGAGGCCUGUGAAAUAGCACCAGUACAGACGGCUAUUCCUGGAGCUUAAACUUGUUGCUCAGUUGCACGAAAGGAAUUGCCUUUACUAAUACUGAUAAGAACUUGAAAACUUAGACCGGAUUGUGUACUCUUCUACCUUUGAAAAGUUCUGAAGAUUUUUUAAAUGUAUCUUGGUAAAUGGUCAUAUCAUGUAUCUAGCAUUGCUGCUUUCCACUGGAGUGUAUGAAUACUUUUAGUCGCUCUUUUAUACUUGCAGCAUCUAAUCUAGUGAAUACUACUAAGGUCUUUCCACGAUUCCCAGCCUUAUUGAGGCUUAUGGUCCUUAAAUCAUAUGCUUAUUAAGAUAAGAUAAUAAACUUUUGUAAUGAGUGAUAACAAACUUACAAAUUUAAACUAUUGUCCUUUAGUGUGUCAUACUUGUAACAAUACCAGAAAGAAAUCGUAUGCAUCACAACUAGUAAUAAAGUGUACCGUGUGAUAAAUAUUGUCAGAAGUGUGGAAUUGAGAAGUAUAAUUUUUUCUUGUCGCUGAAUUUGAAAUAUUUGUUUACUCUUAGUUUUUUUAAGUUCAGUUCAGUUCUAUAUUGUAUUUUUUGU